AUGAGCCACCCUACCGUUGACGAUGGCUCUUUGGCCGAAGUCAUAAACUCCUUGAAAUCCAUCCAGCAGACUCAGUCUGACCUUGUGGCUGCUGUCGACUUGCUGAACCAACGAUACCAACAGCUGCCUGUUGAUUCUGAUGCAGCCACACUCGAUCCGAAUCCAUCCCUCAGCGAGAUCCCUGAAAGAUCUCGAACCCCCGAGCCUUCCGAUGCCGUUGGUGAAUCUGCCAAGAGCUCUUCGUCCGAUUUGACCUUGCAGGCCCCAGCUUUGCCCUCGUCACCCAGCCAGCGAUCCGGCCUCACUUCCCGCAUCAUCCUAACCGGUGGUUCUUACUCCAUCUACUAUGCCCUGGCUGUUGCCAGCAAGCAACUUAAUCUCGAGCAUAGACCCGACUUCACCAACACGGAGCCGGCUGCUAAGAUUGGCCCCUUCCCUCAAUGGGGAGAUCCCAAGAAGAUCGUCGCCAUGGAUCCCUGGGGCCAUCUGUCUCCCUGGCUCUUCAAGGACACUAUCGAGAAGCACAACGUCGACAUUCGCCCAACCAUCGCCAUCACUAAGGCACAUAUGAAGCUUCCCGAGCUGGAGGAGAGUGUCAAGAGUGGAAGACUUGUUCCUGACGGCAAAGUCUGCUUGAACGAGCUUGGAGAGCUGGCCGUAACCAAGUUCGCCGUCGAGCCGGUUUGGUAUCUCCCCGGCGUAGCUGAAAGAUUCGGCAUCGAUGAGGGGGCCUUGCGAAGGUCUCUUUUCGAACACACUGGUGGCAGCUACCCCGAGUUGAUUACCCGCAACGAUAUUAAAGUGUUUCUGCCCCCCAUAGGUGGUCUGACAGUAUACUGUUUCGGCGACCCGGCCAAAAUGUCCGACGAGUCAGUACGACUGGCAUUGCGAAUCCACGAUGAGUGCAAUGGUAGCGACGUUUUUGGAUCCGAUAUCUGCACAUGUCGCCCUUAUCUCAUAUUCGGCAUCGAAGAGGCAGUCAAGGAGGCGCAGAAUGGCGGGAGUGGUGUCGUUAUUUACUUCCGAAAAGAGGGCAGAGCCCUCGUCGUGUACAACGCUCGUAAGCGCGGAGAAGACCGAGCAUCGGACUACUUUAAGAGGACAGAGAACAUUGCUGGAGUGAAGGACAUGCGUUUCCAGGCUCUCAUGCCCGAUAUCCUGCACUGGCUCGGAAUCCGCAAGAUCGACAGAAUGCUGAGCAUGAGCAAGUCAGUAGCUCCUCCCCAUCCGAGAUACCAUGACGCUAACGUGAACCACAACAGCAUGAAACAUGAUGCCAUUGUAGGACAAGGAAUUCCCAUUCACGAGCGUGUCGAGCUCCCCGAGGAGUGGAUUCCCGCAGAUUCUCGCGUCGAGAUUGAUGCAAAGAUUACUGCAGGAUACUUCACCGCCGGAAAGCGCAUGACCGAAGAAGAGUUAAGAGCUGUGCAGGGCAGGAUGUGGGAAGAUCUCGACCAUUAG